UAUCGGUCGUCCGGACACGAAAUCUUGGCUCUGGUAAUUACUUUCGGUGUGUGGCUGUAAUUACCAAUACGACAGGGACCUUAAAUUUAUUUUAGCAUAUCUAAGGGGUGUAUAUGUAAUUUACCCAAUUUUUAAUUAUUGCAGUACCCGAAUCGAAAAUUAUUUCUCAAAUUAAAAACACCCAGGCAGUACUCAGUAAGAUAAAACAUUUGAAUUGAGGUAAGUGAAGAAGACGGAGCCUGGUUCUUCAAAAAUCGUCAGUUGCUUAUACGGCGGUUCUUCUAUCGUAAACAAGCGUUCGCAUUUAUCGAUUCUGGGUUCUAACAUAAAUCUUUUCACGCACAUAAGAUUUUAAUGUUCGCGCCAUUUGAAAUUUGCUGUUCUGCUUCUCAAGAUUCAUGCACUCAAGGUGUUUGAUUCUUGUCCCAAAAGACUUUUCCUAGCUUAUUUCCAUUGCGUCCGAUUAACAAAAUCCCUCUUGCUUUCCCUUUCACCUUAUCCAAAUGUACUCCACCAGACUCUACUCCGUAACUAUCUUUUUAAAGAAUUAUACUCUUCGAACAUGCCAUUUUUCUACAGCAGCUCGAAAUUUAAACAAGGUCACAUUAUACCUCCAAAGGGCAAAGCUAAUCGAUUCGAUAAGGCUGUGUCUCCGAUCGAACGCACCCGAAACCUCUCUUGUCAACAUCUUGAACAAUCCUUUAAUGGACUCGUUCGUGGUGACCAAUGCGCUCCGCUCGGCUCCCUCGCCCACUGCAGCUCUCUCUUUGGUCGAAACUCUAAAAAAUAUCAAAGAUUUCUCUCAUUCCCAAGAUACCCUCUAUGCACUAGCCAAGAUUCUUGCCAAAUCCGGACAAACUAGUAAACUCAGAGCAUUGAUCGAUGCCAUCAAUAGUGGCAAGUUCGUAAAUGUGGCGUAUGUCAGUUUCAUGGAUCGGAUGAGGUGGUAUGCAGAAACGGGUGACCUAGACGAGGUUACUAACGUUUGGGAAGAGUGGAGAAGAGCCUUGGACAAGCAUCCGUGUACCGAGUCAUAUAAUAUUGUAAUGAAACUUUGUGUCGAGAAGGGCUUUGACGAAAGAGCAAUAAAGGUAUUCUGCAGGAUGAUUGACGAAGGGGCGCUUCCGAAUUGUAGAACCUACACUGUUAUUAUUCAGCAUUUAAUUAAGUUUGAGAAAUUAGAUCCUGCUAUGAGAAUAUUCCAAAUGCUGCCAUUGAUGAGAAUUCGACGUACGUUAAAGCAGUAUUCUUUAUUGGUCGAAGCUUUUACGGGUUCCGGCAAUUUAGAUGUUGUCAAGACUUUGCUUAACGAGAUGCGGGCCGACGGGGUAUUACCUGGCCGAGCAAUGAUUACGUCUCUGCAGCAUAUGAAAGAGGCUGGAUAUGCUGACGAGGUGGAUGAAUUAAUCAAGGAAAUUAUCCCGGAUGAUAGAAUAAAAAGUAUAGGCUAUUAUUCGGUAGUCAAUCCCGACGAAGAUGAUGAUGUCAUCGAUGAUGACGAAAAUGAUGAUGUCAAAGAUGAAGUUCGUUUGAAGCCAUGGUUGGAUCCAGCUGCUUUAGCCAGUGCUUUACAGUAUUGGGAACAAGAAGAGGUUUCUGCAUUGGAAGCCGCGAACUUUACGUGGACCCCACGAUUAGUCUGCAAGAUAAUCAGGAGUCUAAGAUCGCCCGAAACUGCAUGGCAAUUCUUCUGUUGGGUUGCUCAACAGCCGGGAUUUGUUCACGAUAUCUACACGGUAUCGAGAAUAAUUACGAAAUUAGCCCGACACGGAUGCGUGCAAUUGGUCGACCAGCUCUUGUUCAAAAUCAAGCGCGAGGGUAUGAAACUGUCGUUCAGCACGGUCAGACUGAUUAUCGAUUUUUACGGGUUUUCAAGAAAAGGAGACGCAGCUCUAAACAUCUUCCACAACAUCAAAACAAUAUGCGGGCCCCUCUCGAAAAACAGUCGGCUGAUACUGUACUCAUCUCUCUUGAGAACACUAGCAAAGUGCCAGAUGAAUAACGAAGCAUUGGAUAUACUCGACGAGAUGAUCUUAAUCGGGAUUUCACCGGAUUUGCAGACUUUUUCCGGCUUGAUGCAUCACUACGCACUUCAAGGUGAUGUCAAGACUGUGCAGAGGCUACUCGUAAUGGUGAGGCAGUGCGAAUUGGAGCCGGAUUCUUACAUGUACAAGAUUCUAAUAUGCGCUUAUUGCAAGUGCGAACGGGCUUCUCUCGCGCUGAGGGUUUUCGAGGAUAUGAGGAAAUCGAGCUUAAUGCCCGACGGUGUUACCAAGCAGCUGCUCGUGAAGAGUUUAUGGAAGGAAGGGAAAUUACGAGAGGCGGCUCAAGUAGAAGAAACGAGCGAGGAAUCUACCGACGCUAUUCCGCUCGCUUUGCCGGGGCAUUUGUAUACUGUGAGUAGUUCUGAUCUUACAAGGGUGCAUGAAAUUUACUCCAGUAGUUUUGCAGAGAGUUCUUUGGUGACGUCAGCAUGACAAGAUUCUGUCGAGACAAGAAUUUGAGGUUUGUUCUUUUUUAAACUUUUAAGUUCCAGGUCAGCUUUGUUGGACCUCUUGACUUAUUGGUGUUUUUUUUGUUUUAAAUUAAUGUGGAAUAAACUUUACAUCUUCUAAACUAGAUUAUUAAUUUGUUUUUUUUUUUUUAAAUUUAAGUUAUUAUAAUUAUUGGGCAUCUUCAGUUGUCUGUUGUAUUUGAUCCUCUGGCAAGAUGACAAAAGUUGAUGAAGACCUGCUUCAUAAGAUUAGGUUUUUUAAGUAGCCAAUUACGAUCCGAAAAUAUUUGAAUUUGAAACUGUAUUUUUCAUUCCGAUUUUCGAUUUUUUGGAAUGGAGUCGAAAUUAAAUA